ACCUGCAUUUUAUUCAUCAACUCAUCAAAAAAAUGUCUGAAAAGAAAGUUUACUGAGCCACAGUUGGAGGAGCCACUGCUUCCAGAUGUGUUUUACAUUGAAUAAUCUCCUUAAUGUUCAUUCAUCACCACAGAAACACAGCAGCCUCCUGGAUAAUUAGACCAGGCCGUAGGUUCAUGUUGUGGCCAGAACAUUCUGGUAAAUAUGAAUUUUUCUGUCAGUUCGGUGCAUGUCUCUAAAUACUACAAUACCCACGAGCCUCAGCUGCUCUUGCUAUGGAGACGAGGCCAGUCAGAGAUGUGAAUAAGAGCUGUGGUGAAGUCUGGACACUACACACCUUUAUAAACUACUGACUCAACUGUGUAACCUCUGUAAGCACCUCACAUCAAUCUACCUGUGAAAUCACCAACACACCUGUGUGACUCAUAUACCUGUCUCACCACACCAAAACUCCUGUAUAACCAUCUUACCCACAUGUUAAACAACCCACUUAUCCACUUGUAUAACCAACACACCUGUCUGUCCACCCAUGCAACCUCAUACCAUGCGUAGACCUGUCUAACCUCCUCCUCCAACUUCCUAUUCGCCUGUCUAAACACCAAAAUACAACCUGUCUAACACCUGUCCACAUGUAUAACAUCUUUAACAAACACACCUGUCUGUCCACCUGUGAAAGUUCAUACUACCUGUAUACCUGUCUAAUCUCCUAUUCACCUCUUAUGCCACCUGAUCUGUCAAACCCAACGCCCACCUGUAUAACCAUCAACACACUGUCACACAGAUCAACCAGUCAAACUCAGGAUCCUCUCCCAUCAUGCCUCGGGUGUCGUUUGCUCCUCCCUCGCUGUGCCUUUCCAUCCUACCCCUGCUGGACCGCCUCCUCCCCUCCCUCCCUCCCACUGUCCGGGAUGUGGACGUCCCCCCUCUGUUCCGGGAACGGUUCAUCCUGUCAGGGUAUCGUCCCGUGGGCCUGUCGUGGCGUUGUUACGUCCUCAGUCUGUUCCAGAUCCACAACGAGACUCUUAACGUGUGGAGCCACCUGCUGGCAGCCGUCUGCGUGUUGAUGAGGUUCAUGGCGUUUGCUGGUCCCGAAGGUCAGGGAUUUUCUGUGGACGUUUCCUCACUGCCUCUGGUCCUCUACGUCUUCUCUGCUGUCACAUACCUGAGCUGCAGCGCUGUAGCUCACCUGUUGCAGUCCCACUCGGAGCAGGCGCAUUACUCGCUCUUCUUCCUGGACUACGUGGGCGUGGCCGUCUACCAGUAUGGCUGUGCUCUAGCUCUGUGCCUGUACAGCUCUGACACCGCCUGGACACAAAGCAUGCUGGGACAGAUCUUCUUCCCGGUUGCCGCCCUCCUCGCAUGGUUCUCCUGCACUACCUGCUGCUACGCAAAGCUUCGCUUCCGUCGACCGUACCCGCUGCACAGGAAGCUGUGCCAGGUGGUCCCAAUGGGCGUGGCCUACCUGCUGGACAUCAGCCCUGUCGCCCACCGCCUCGCCACCCGCAGCUGGACAAACAACCUCGCACUGCCUCUGCACUUCCUGCAGGUGGUGCUGUUUCUGCUGUCGGCCUUCUUCUUCUCUUGCCCUGUACCCGAGCGCUUCUCCCCCGGCCGCUACGACAUCGUUGGCCAUGGCCACCAGCUCUUCCACAUCGUGUUGUCUCUCUGCACGCUUGCCCAGCAGGAGGCACUGUUCCAAGACUUUCUGUGGCGGCGACCAGCACUGGUCAGGGAAUUUGGAGAGGAGCGCCUCCUGCUGGUCUGUGCUUCCUUUCCCUGCCUGACGCUCUGCUGUGCAUUUACGGCACUCACCAUGAGGAGGAAAGGUCAGCCGCAGCUGAUGAAAGAACAAAGAUAGAAGAGGAAGAAGUAGAAGAAGGUGUGACUUUGUGUACACAAACUCCUGAGGGGUUUACUUUGGAUUUUGAGACAUUUCUGGACAAACAUGAACAUUCUGUACAUUUGUGGGAGGGUUUGUUUGUGUGUUUUUAUGGUAGUGAGGAGGGAUUUUGGUUUGAAACCAUCAUUAUGAGGACACUUUGGUCAGUCCACAUAACUUCAAGGGGCUGUCUUAGGGUUAGGGUACAGGGUUGGCAUUUAUCUGUGAUGGUUAAGGUCAGGAUGAGGGGUAGAGAAUGAAUUAGGUCAGUGAGUGUUUGUAUUUGUAGACAUCUGCUCCUCAGGGCAGAACAUCAUCAUAAUGUUUCUGCUCUGAACUGGUUCUUUUUCUUUUUUGUUUGUUUUUUGUAUUUUUGUAUAUAUUUGUAGAAACUGGAUGAUAUUUGAACCCUGGUGAAAUAAUAAGUCUUGCUCUGUAACAGACAUGCUCAUUUAGCAGGACAAAGGUUACACACUUUAGUUUUAAAAUGCAUCACUGUUGCUAUGGUUACACCUGGCAUAUACUAGUUUUGGAGCCACUAAAACAGAGACUUUCAGAAACACUGCUGGCCCUGUUAUUUUUGCUUGUAAUAUUUUCUGCAUCUUAGCAGCCAACUGCAGAGUAGACAAUCUACUUCCUGCGUACACUGAUGUGCAUACGCAGAGAUCUGUGUUUUCAGGUGUGUUAGUAUGGAUGGAGAUUGAGUCUGAUGUAAAACACUUGUCUGGAUGGAGUUUGUUUUAGUUCAGAUGAGGACAGAGUUAAAUACUAGAGAGAAAGACAAAAAGUCCCAGGGGGUCAGAGAUACUGUGUGAGGUGAAUUAUACAAUUAUUACAUCAAACUUUGUGUGUAUCUGCAGGUGUGUAAACACAGGAAAAACAGACUAAAAAGGCAACUUAUUUAGACGUGUUUGCUGGAACAUGGAGGCCAGUGCCUCCUCUUCUCCCAAAAUCAGGAGUACUCUCUGACUUACUGUUGUUGCACUGCAUCCUGCAGUGUUUCACACGAAGAACAAAACUGUUGUCGCACAUUGUUCCCAUGGACUGUAAAA